AUGUCGAUGCAAAUCCUUGGAGAACAGGCUACGGAAGAAAAGGCUGAGAAUGCGCGUCUCUCAUCUUUUGUUGGUGCGCUUGCCUUGGGCGAUCUCGUCAAAUCGACGCUGGGACCAAAAGGCAUGAACAAGAUCCUGCAAUCUGCCUCAACAGGAGAAAUAAACGUGACAAACGACGGUGCAACUAUCCUAAAAUCGAUACAGCUAGACAAUGCUGCAGCCAAGAUCCUCGUCAAUAUCUCGAAAGUGCAGGACGAUGAAGUCGGUGAUGGGACGACGUCUGUGACUGUGCUUGCAGCUGAGUUGUUGAGGGAAGCAGAGAAGUUGAUUUCUCAGAAAAUUCAUCCCCAAACAAUCGUCGAGGGAUACCGGAUCGCGAGCAUAGCAGCUUUGAAGGCGUUGGAAGGGGCGGCGAUAGAUAACGCAGCUGAUCCUGAAGUCUUCCGACAAGAUCUCAUCAAUAUUGCACGCACCACCCUGUCAUCUAAAGUCCUGUCACAAGACAAGGACUACUUCGCCAACCUAGCUGUGGAUGCGGUUCUCCGUUUGAAGGGCUCUACCGAUCUCGAGCACAUCCAGAUCAUCAAGAAGGUUGGUGGAAAGCUGACGGACUCAUAUCUCGACGAAGGCUUCAUCCUUGACAAGACCAUCGCGGUCAACUCACCGAAACGGUUAGAAAAUGCCAAAAUUUUGAUCGCAAAUACUUCCAUGGACACUGACAAAAUCAAAAUCUUUGGGGCCCGAGUGAAGGUAGAUGGCACCGGAAAGCUUGCUGAACUUGAGCGCGCCGAAAAAGAAAAAAUGAAAGCCAAAGUAGAAGCCAUUGCUACUCACGGCAUCAACGUGUUCAUCAACCGUCAACUAGUCUACAACUACCCCGAAUCUCUGCUUGCCGAGAAGGGUAUCAUGGUUAUCGAACACGCCGACUUCGAAGGUGUUGAAAGGUUGUCACUCGUCACGGGUGGUGAGAUCGCAAGUACCUUCGAGCGCCCCGACCUUGUGAAACUUGGGCGUUGCGAACUGAUAGAAGAGAUCAUGAUCGGCGAAGACAAGCUGAUUAAAUUCUCCGGGGUAGCCGCUGGUGAAGCUUGCACGGUCGUCCUUCGCGGAUCAACAAAUCAAAUGGUCGAUGAAGCUGACCGUUCUCUACAUGAUGCCCUCUCAGUCCUCUCACAGACAGUGAAGGAGACGAGGAUCGUACUUGGUGGUGGCUGUUCGGAGAUGCUGAUGAGCUGCGCCGUCGACGAGGAGGCGCGUAAAAUCAAAGGCAAGAAAGCCAUUGCUGUUGAGGCAUUCAGUCGUGCAUUGCGGCAAAUACCUACGAUAUUGGCCGAUAAUGCUGGAUACGAUUCGUCAGACCUGGUUUCAAGGUUACGUGCAGCUCAUUACGAAGGCCAAUCGGACGCUGGGUUAGACAUGGACCACGGUUCAAUAGGUUCAAUGAAGCAACUGGGUGUCACGGAGAGCUACAAGCUCAAGCGUCAAGUAGUCCUAAGCGCGUCUGAAGCCGCUGAGAUGAUCAUUCGUGUUGAUGACAUCCUUCGUGCCGCACCACGGAGGCGCGAAGCAGUGUAA